AUGGCCAUUAAUGCUGAUGAAGGAUCUUCUGAAGCAUCCACCUCCUCCGAGGCAUCUUCUUCUUCUACUCAGGUAUAUGUGGUGUAUAUGGGCCACAACACUCGAGAUGAUAUCUCUGCAUCAUCCCUUCACUUGAGCAUGUUACAGCAAGUUACUGGCAGGGAUGGAGAGAGACAUAUGCUUAAAAGAUACACUAAAAGCUUCCAUGGAUUUUCGGCAAGACUUACCCAAGAGGAAGCUCAAAAACUCUCAGGGAUGGAAGGGGUUGUUUCUGUGUUCCCUAGCAGAAAGAACAAAGUGGCAACAACAAGCUCAUGGGACUUCAUAGGGUUCCCACUUAAAGUCAACAGAUCAACAACUGAAAGUGACAUCAUCGUAGGUGUUUUUGACACCGGAAUUUGGCCGGAAUCAGCCAGUUUCUCUGACCAAGGUUAUGGUCCUCCUCCUGCUAAAUGGAAGGGCAUUUGCCAAGCCAAUUUCUCUUGCAACAACAAAAUAAUCGGAGCUCGACACUUCAAGGCCGAUGGUAUCUAUGACCCUAAAGAUCUCCAAUCACCAAGAGACUCUGAUGGUCAUGGAACCCACACCGCAUCCACGGCUGCCGGAAACAUAGUGAGUAAUGCGAACCUGCUAGGCCUUCACUCGGGAACAUCUCGAGGGGGUGUUCCUAGAGCCAGGAUUGCAGUGUAUAAAGUGUGUUGGACAGACGGGUGUUCAGAUGUCGACUUUCUUUCUGGUUUUGAAGAUGCCAUUGCUGAUGGAGUUGACAUAAUCAGCGCUUCGGUUGGCUUCUCAAGUGCCCAAGAACUUUUUGAAGACGGUCUUGCUAUUGGAUCAUUUCAUGCCAUGAGGAAAGGAAUAUUAACCGUACAAUCUGCUAUGAACGAAGGCCCAAAUCCCCAGACCCUUGGUAGUAUUGCUCCAUGGAUUCUUACCGUGGCUGCUGGCACUAAAAAUCCAGAUUUAAUCACCCCAAUAAGACUAGGCAACAAUAUGGUUCUAGAAGGUGUUUCAAUAAAUCCAUUUACACUUGACAGAAUGUAUCCUUUAGUUUAUGCCGGAGAUGUACCGAAUAUCAUGGCUGGUUUCAAUGGCUCAGUAUCAAGGACAUGCAUCAGAAACUCAUUGGACAAGAAUUUAGUGGAAGGUAAAAUAAUAUUAUGUGAUCAAAUUUCGACUGGAGAAGUUGAAAUGUUGGCUGGUGCUGUUGGGUCUAUCAUGAGAUAUGAUGGGCCGUAUUUUGAAUUCAUUCGUUCAUAUCCUUUGCCUGUUAGUGUUGUGAAUCCUGAUCAAGCAACCAACAUCAUUCGCUACAUAAGAUCAACAAGAAAUGCAACAGCAGUUAUAAUGAAGAGCGAAGAUGUCAUGAACUCAUCAUCCCCAUAUGUUGCCUCUUUCUCAUCAAGAGGUCCAAAUCCUAUAAUCAGAAACAUCCUCAAGCCUGACCUGACAGCUCCUGGUGUAAGAAUUCUAGCAGCAUGGCCACCUGUGGCUCCAAUUACCCAAAUAGAUAGAGACCGAAGAGCAGUGCCUUUCAAUAUGAUAUCAGGCACAUCAAUGGCCUGCCCACAUGUAAGCGGUAUAGCUGCUUAUAUCAAAACAUUUAACCCAACAUGGUCUCCUUCAGCAAUCAAGUCUGCUCUCAUGACCACCGCAUCUCCGAUGAGUGCUCAUAUCAACACAGAUGCUGAAUUUGCAUAUGGAGUUGGCUAUCUUAACCCAAUGAAAGCUUUGAGACCUGGAUUGGUAUAUGAUGUUGAUGAGGUUGAUUAUGUAACAUUUUUGUGCCAGCAAGACUAUAGCUCCAAAGAUAUAAGAAUCAUUACUGGGGUUAAUAGUAGUAGCUGCUCUCAGCUCAUGGAGCAAACCAAGGAUCUCAACUACCCUACAAUUGUAAUCCCAACACUGUAUAAUGAAGCCGUUGAUUUUAACUUCAGCAGAACUGUCACCAAUGUUGGGUCAGCCACAUCGACUUAUAGAGCUUUGAUAACUCAACCACGUGUUAGCGGUUUGCGAAUACAAGUUCAGCCGAAUGUCCUACAUUUUGAAGAAUAUGGGCAGAAGCUGUCUUUUAAGGUGUCUGUUCAGGCAACCAUACAAGGGCAAGAAAAUUCAAUUGUUUCUGGCGGUUUGACAUGGGAUGAUGGAGUGCAUCAAGUUAGGAGCCCCAUUGUUGUGCAUGUUCCAUGA